AUGUUCAAUUCUAGGCGUGUUGUUGGACGUAAGUUUGUUUUUUUUUUGAAAAGAAGGAGGGAUUUUGAAAAUAAAAAACAUAUGAAUUGAGAAAAAACAAAAAGGCGUAUUGAAAUACUUUCAAAAUGUGCUUAUUUUUGCAUGAAAUAAUUUGUCAUUUCCGAUAUACACCUUUUCGGUUUUUUUCGAGUUUAUAAAAAACAAAGUUUUUUCUUUUUCUUCUAAAACUUUUUAAGUUCGAAAUAUAUCUUUUCUUUUCAAUAUACUCGAUAUUUUGUAAUCUCUGGUUUUUUUCAAAAUAUUUCCUGGUAAAUCAUACCUAAAAAUAAUGUAUUCUAAUCCUUUGAUAUUUUGUAUUCCUAGAGAAAAGAUAAAAUACAAAAGCCAUCCCAUUUAUAUAACAAAAUAAUGACAUUUGAAUUUGAUUUUCAAAUUCAAUUAUCGCAAAUAAUUUGAUUCCCACAUUUUUCGAAUCGAUAAUUUGAGUUUGAGCAAAAAAAACGGCUCCAUUUAUCAAGUUGUUUUUUCUUAUGAGAAAAGUACAAUUUGAAGACACGAGAAAAAUAGUGAUUAGUCAAAUAUCCGACUCCGCCCCAUUAUUUUUCUAAUCCGAACGGGCUGAAAUCAUUUUUUCGCCCCAUUUUCUUUCCGGAUGAAUAAUAUCGUUUUAUAUUUAGUCAUCAAUCUUGUUUUUUUCUUUCUUAAUCACUGCUUACAUUGAUUUUUCAGACACAUUUUGUAUUCUAUAUAGAUAAUGUAAAAAUGAUGCAUUCAUCAAUAACUCGAACUAUUUAUCACAAUUCAAAUAUCAAUUUAGGACCGCCAUUAUUACGUAAGAAAAUAUAUUAGUUAUUUAGAUAUGGGUGUGAAAAACGGGAUACAAAAUUGUCAUUCACUUUUUUUCUUACAAAAACAUAUAUUGAUUUUCAGAGGAGCAAAGAACAAAAUUUCAAGCAAAAGAAGAAGUUGUCGGCGUCACUUUAACCAGGUAAGACAUAUUAAUUUGAUAAACUAUAAAAGUUAUUCCACUUUUUUCAGGACUGAACUAACUUUGGUUCUAACAAUGUAUGUAUCUGCUGUUAUAACUUUAGUAAUUUUAUUCGAAAUGCUCAAACCAUCAAUUAGUGCACAUCUUAUGGGACCACCGAAAUGA